ACGUUGAACUUCAAUGUGUGUCGGGGAACAGUUUAGAUUUUAUUUCUGUCCAUUAAUAGCAUUUUGAAUUUAUAUAAAAUUUUUGAAUUAUUUUGUACUGAGAUUCAAUUAGUGUUGAACAAGAAUAUCAGUGCUUUUGUGUGUUGUUUUUAUUGUUAGUGCUGUUGACUUAGAAUUAAAUGGUGCAAAAUACAAAAGUAAAAUCUCGAAUUUCUUUGUGAAAGAUUUUUGUUUCCUAGUUUUAUGUUUAUAUGCAGUCGGUUAGUGGCAACUAACGGAAAAAACAGUUUCGUUGUUCUGCCGUGUUGAACUUUUAUUCUGUCGCUGUACAAUUCGAAAGAGCAUUUUUUCAUUUUACUUUUAUGUAAUCGUGAUAUCUCAACGCCUCAAGUUGAAAAUGGACACCAGCAAUAUUUAUCCUACGUCAGCCGAGAUCGCUGAUAUUGCAUCUGGUAUGAGUGAACUGCAAUUGGAUGGAUAUGCUCAACAUGAAAGAACCUUGAAAGAGAAAGAAAACGAAGUUAUCGCAAAAAAGAGAUUAGUCAAAUUGAUCAAAGACUAUAUAGCUGCUGGCGAGAAGUUCAAUUCAGUUUUACUACCAGAAAGGGAGAAGAAGGCAAUUGAAGCAGCAAGACUUAUAAAACUUGAAUGGUAUCAGGAAGAGGUUCGGGCUCUGGAAAGGCUGCAACAGGAGUUUGAAACCAUGUAUAAGGAAGUACAAGAAUGCUUGGUAGAUGGUCAUGCAACAAUUUAGAACGGCAUCUUUUAAUGUAUUAAUCAAAAGAGAAAAUAAUUAAAUUAAAAAAAGUGAAAGUUAAAAAAGUGACAAAAACAUUAAUCUACAACCCAAAAAAAACUUCAGAAAAUAUUCUUACUUUCAAUGUCAUUGACGUUGUACUGUACCUAUAACCAAGAAACACAUAA